CAAAGCUGAGAUUACGAAAACACGAGGUCCAUAUUCUAUGUACCAAGUUUACCGGAGUGAAAUGCCAGUAGUAUAAAUAGGCACUGUGGUUUCUUUCACUCGGUGACAGUGAAUAGACGAUGCAUGCACUUGUGAGUUGUGUACUCUGAUAUCUGAUCUUGCCUAGCGACAGGAUAACACAUCAGCUACCAGUCCAGUCGUCGCAUCACAGAGCCGAUGCAUAUGGCUGCUUGUACCCGCACCAGCACCGGCAGCAACAAGCCGCCGUCGCUGUGCCUGCUCCUCCUCGUCCACGCGCUGCUGCUCGCCAUCGCGUCGUCUCCUGCCGGCGGUCUCCAGGUGGGCUUCUACCAGCAGACCUGCCCCCAGGCGGAGUCCAUCGUUCGGAACGUGACCUGGGCGCGGGCGGCCGCGGACCCGAGCCUGGCCGGCAAGCUGCUGCGGCUCUACUUCCACGACUGCUUCCCGCAGGGCUGCGACGCGUCGGUGCUGCUGGACGGCCGGGGCACGGAGAAGGCGGCGCCGCCGAACCAGUCGCUGGGCGGGCUGGACGUCGUCGACGCCGCCAAGGCGGCGCUGGAGGCGGCCUGCCCGGGCACCGUCUCCUGCGCGGACGUCGUGGCGCUGGCCACCCGCGACGCCGUCUCCUUCCAGUUCCGCCGCUCGCUGUGGCAAGUCGAGACGGGCCGCCGCGACAACCGCUUCUCCGACGAGGCGCACGCCACGGACCUGCCCAGCCCGGAGUUCGUGUUCCCGCUCCUCAGGGACUCCUUCGCCAAGCGGGGGCUCGGCGUCCGCGACCUCGUCGCGCUCUCCGGCGCGCACACGCUGGGACACACGGACUGCCAGUUCGUGUCACCGAGGCUCUACACCUUCCAGGGCAACGGCGGGGUGGACCCGUUCAUCGACCCGAGCUACGCGCGGGAGCUCAUGCGCCAGUGCCCCGCCACGCCGCCGCCGUCGUCGUCGUCGUCGUCCGGCAAGGUGGCCUUGGACCCUGGCAGCGAGUUCACGUUCGACACCAGCUACUACGCCACCAUCAAGGCCAACCGCGGCGCGCUGCACACGGACUCCGUGCUGCUGCACGACGACGAGGCCGCCCGCCUCGUCGACGAGAUGCACGACCAAGGCAAGUUCCUCACCGCCUUCGCCGCGUCCAUCCAGAAGUUGGGAGCCUUCGGCGUCAUCACCGGCAACAAAGGGGAGAUCAGGAGGAACUGCCACGUCGUCAACUAACGGGUGCUCCGCCUUUUGGAACUGGAUACGCAUUAUUCGGUUACCGCUCAUAGAUAUAAGCAAAUAAAUUAUCUCCUGUAGUAGCUCUUAUAUAUAUAUGUUCGUUGCAACUUUGGUUCAAAUUGUUUGUUUCAAAUAUGCUCGUUGUAACUUUGGUUCAAUUUUUUUUUAAAAAAAAGAAAAUGUUUGUUUCAAAAUAUGCAUGUUGUAACAUCCACAGAUAUGCUCGUUGUACCGCUUUGGGGGCAGGCUGUUUUGUCUGCAAAGACAAGAGGAGUACUAGUUUAAGCUCUAUCCAAUAGGGCACAGACCAUUGCAAUACUGAUGGUGGAUAACUUGAGUCGAGUUUAAGCUCUUUCCAAUAGGGCAGAGACCAUUGCAACGGCAUACAUGGCAGUCACGUGUAUGUUUCUUCCCUUCAGCGAAAGGAGGGCAAAUAUAUCUUAUUUAUAAAAGAUAUCCUAUUUAUAAUAACUUACUAAACUCCUACCUCUGUCAGGAAAAUUACUUCCAUCAGGAAAUUUUUCUAAUCACACAAAUGCUGCAUAUGCAAGAUAAAAUGUACUCCCUUUGUUCCAAAUUAUAAGUUCUUCUAGCUUUUCUAGAUACAUAUUAAAAGCUACGAUGCAUAACAAAAGCUGUGUACCUUGAAAUGAGACUUAUAAUUUGGAGCGG